AUGUGAUUUGUUGCAGGACAAACUGAUGGAGUUGGUGUUUGGUGAUGACGGCGCCAACAUUCCUCAUCAGUUUGAAAAAAUUUACCAUGAGAAGGGUGCUCUUGUCGUAACUUGUGGUAAUUCUGAAACAACUGACUGGCUAAAGAGGGUGGCACCGAAGCUGGCGCUGGGAAGUGAGGGGAGUAUGGAGGUCAUUGUAGCAGACUAUAAGGAUCUGUUGCGCACGACCAAAGUGCUCCUACGCACUGACAGGCGCUUGGCCAAGGUCGAAGCCUCUAAAGUGUUUGUUCAGAUUGAGCGACAAAAUCCUGGUGUCACGACAAAGGACUGGCGCGUCAUUGGUGGGAAGAGGAAGGAUGAUCAUCAGAUUCUUGUUCUUGCUAUUGAUGAAAUGAAUGCGCAGGUUCUGAAAGAUCGUGGCUGGAUUAUCUAUCUGGGUCUGGGGAAAAUACAGCUCAGAGUUAUCUCUGGUGCUCCCUCUGAUGACUCAGGUCCUUCAAGCGAACCUACAACACAGUAAGGCUGCCACGGCUGUGUUCUGUCUGAGCACGGUUAAGCAGUCCUUAGAUUAUGCCUUGAUUCAAGAACCCUGGAUCAAUAAUUUUAGAAUUGCGGGGAUGGGAACUAUAAAGGGUAGCAUCUUCUCUGCAUCUGUACCACACCCUAGAACUUGCAUUUGGGUUAAAGAGGGGCUAAAAUGUAAUCCAGUUCUAGAGCUUUGUUCGAGGGACGUAACAGUAAUUAAGACUGUAUGUACUAAAUCCAACAUAAAUCUGCUGCUGGCCUCUGUUUACAUGCCACAGGGCGACGAUGGACUGCUCCCAUCGGCCGAGGUCAGAAGAUUGGUCGACCUCGCACACGAGUCUGGAUCUGAACUCGUGAUAGGCUGCGACUCCAAUGCCCAUAAUACGGCCUGGGGAUGCAGGGACACUAACAACCGAGUGCAGCAGGAGGAGGUGAGUCCAGAGCGGCCUAACCUGGGCCGUCGUGCCACUCAUUCUAUGUGGAGCACUGCUUGCCGCAUAGUCACCUUCAGCAAGGUAAGAUGGGCUGUUGGCUUAUUACGACCCUUCAAAUCGCCGGGUCCUGAUGAGGUAAGACCUGUUUGUUUGCAGGAGGGUCUUGAUACAAUUAUACACCCACUCUGUAAACUUUUCAGAGCCAGCUUAGCGUUAGGACACAUUCCCUUA